AUGCCUGUUACGCAAACUUUCGGCCAAGGAAAGAGCAACAACGACACAACCCGAUGUUUCAGUGGCAAGACCUCCCAGAUUAUGGGGAGCAGGAAGAAGGAAUUGCUGACAGAUCAGGAGAAUUCCCAGUGCAAACUUUGCCAAGAAAACUGGCUGCUUCACGAGGACAAAUGCUACUGGGCCUCCAAAGAAAAACAAAACUGGAACCAGAGUCGGCAGGACUGCACAGCAAAAGACUCGCAAAUUGUGGUGAUACAGGAACAGGAGGAACUGGACUUCAUACAGAGUAUUACCGAUGGAGCUCAGCUACUGUGGAUUGGAAUAACCACCACUUCCCCAGCAGGAGAAUGGAUCUGGAUAGAUGGUUCCCCAUUAAAUAGUACCCUGUUGCAAGUGACGGGUACAGUUCAAGCCAACAGCUGUGGGAUGCUGAAAGGAAACAGAGUGGUUUCUGAAGCUUGUAGCGCUGUAACCAAAUGGAUCUGUGAGACAGAAGCACUUCUGGUGUAA